AUGGGUGACAUUGAGAAGAAGAGCAAGAAGAUUUUUGUGCAGAAGCGUGCCCAGUGCCAUACUGUGGAAAAGGGAGGCAAACACAAGGCUCGGCCAAAUCUCCAUGGACUGUUUGGGCAAAAGACAGAUCAGGCCCAUGGAUUUUCUUACAUGGAUGCUAACAAGAACAAAGGCAUCAUCUGGGGAGAGGAGACAUUGAUAAAAUAUUUGGAGAAUCCCAAGAAGUACAUCCCUAAAACAAAAAUGACCUUCGUGACUACAGAAAGAGCAGACUUGAUAGCAUAUCACAAAAGGGCUACUAAUAAGGGGAAAAAAACCCCACAAAAAACAGGUUUUCCAUUUUGGAAAUCUGCACGCUACUCAAAAAAGGAUCUCCUAGCAGGACUAGCAAUCAAUCCCUCAGCGGGCAAUGGCGCUCCAACCACCCGGCCGGGGGCACAGGCAACGGCGACAGGGCACGGCCCUUCCAGGGAGCCGCCGGGGCCCAGAGCUCUCAGUCUGGCCCAGCGCAACCCGCCCAGGCGGUGGCUAAAGUCGGGCAGUGGCGGAGGGGGGCCAGUGGUUGAGAUUCCGAGCUGGGCCUCCCCGGCCCGUGGGCGCGGCGAGACACUGAGGUAG